UGGCACGCCCUUAAAAACAUCACUAUACCAAAAACCCUAAACCCUCAUUUGUACAAAACCCCUCACACGCUUCCUCUGAUCUCAUCGCAUUUCUCUUCCUACCAUGGCUGCAGCCACCGCCUUGAUCCGCUCUCUCCGCCGCUCCUCCGCUUCAGUAUCUGCUUAUCGCUCGGUGAUAGGCAACUCUAAACCAGCAUAUGUUGGUCACAAUUGGUCAAGUUUGUCGCGACCAUUCAGUUCAAGGCCUGCUGGAAAUGAUGUCAUUGGUAUUGAUUUGGGUACAACCAAUUCAUGUGUUUCUGUUAUGGAAGGAAAGAAUCCCAAAGUGAUUGAGAAUUCUGAAGGUGCACGGACAACACCUUCUGUUGUUGCAUUCAACCAGAAAGGGGAGUUACUUGUGGGCACACCUGCCAAGCGUCAGGCUGUAACUAACCCUGCAAACACUGUAUUUGGUACCAAGCGUAUGAUUGGUAGGCGCUUUGAUGAUCCUCAAACACAAAAGGAAAUGAAAAUGGUUCCAUAUAAGAUUGUUAAGGCACCAAAUGGAGAUGCGUGGGUUGAAGCUAACGGGCAGCAGUAUUCCCCUAGCCAAAUUGGUGCAUUUGUUCUUACCAAGAUGAAGGAGACGGCAGAAGCAUAUCUUGGAAAGUCAGUAUCCAAGGCUGUUAUUACUGUGCCAGCAUACUUCAAUGAUGCUCAGAGGCAGGCAACAAAAGAUGCUGGUAGAAUUGCGGGUCUUGAUGUUCAGAGGAUUAUCAAUGAGCCCACUGCUGCUGCUCUUUCAUAUGGAAUGACCAACAAGGAGGGUCUCAUCGCAGUUUUUGAUCUUGGUGGUGGAACAUUUGAUGUGUCCAUCUUAGAAAUUUCUAAUGGUGUUUUUGAGGUGAAAGCAACAAAUGGUGACACCUUCUUGGGAGGUGAGGAUUUUGAUAAUGCCUUAUUGGACUUUUUGGUGGACGAAUUCAAGAGAACAGAGAGCAUUGACCUUUCUAAGGAUAAGCUUGCUUUGCAAAGGCUUCGUGAAGCUGCUGAGAAAGCUAAGAUAGAACUGUCUUCAACAUCUCAAACUGAGAUUAACCUGCCUUUUAUCACUGCCGACGCAUCUGGUGCUAAGCAUUUGAACAUCACAUUGACUAGAUCCAAGUUUGAAGCCUUAGUAAAUCACUUGAUUGAAAGAACUAAGGCACCAUGCAAGAACUGCUUGAAGGAUGCAAACAUCUCUAUCAAGGAAGUUGAUGAGGUUCUUCUUGUUGGAGGCAUGACCCGUGUGCCUAAAGUUCAAGAGGUGGUUUCAGCAAUCUUUGGAAAGUCUCCUAGCAAAGGAGUAAAUCCAGAUGAGGCAGUUGCCAUGGGAGCAGCAAUUCAAGGUGGUAUCCUACGUGGAGAUGUUAAAGAGCUGCUACUCCUAGAUGUGACGCCACUCUCUCUGGGUAUUGAGACUCUGGGUGGUAUCUUUACAAGGUUGAUCAACAGGAAUACUACGAUUCCCACCAAAAAGAGCCAGGUCUUUUCAACAGCAGCUGACAAUCAAACCCAAGUGGGUAUCAAGGUAUUACAAGGUGAGAGAGAAAUGGCAUCAGACAACAAGAGUCUUGGUGAAUUUGAACUUGUCGGCAUUCCUCCUGCACCCAGAGGUUUGCCUCAGAUUGAGGUCACAUUUGACAUUGAUGCAAACGGGAUUGUCACUGUGUCUGCCAAAGACAAGUCCACUGGUAAAGAGCAGCAAAUUACUAUCCGGUCAUCUGGUGGUCUCUCAGACGAUGAAAUCGAGAAGAUGGUUAAAGAAGCUGAGUUGCAUGCUCAGAAGGACCAAGAAAGGAAGGCUCUCAUUGAUAUCAGAAACAGUGCAGAUACUAGCAUAUACAGCAUUGAGAAGAGUUUGGGUGAAUACAGAGAUAAGAUUCCCAGUGAAGUUGCAAAAGAGAUUGAGGAUGCAGUUUCAGAAUUGAGGACGGCGAUGUCCGGGGAUAAUGCUGAUGAAAUUAAGUCAAAGCUUGAUGCUGCGAAUAAAGCAGUCUCAAAGAUAGGGGAACACAUGUCAGGUGGUGGUUCUAGUGGUGGUUCUUCAACUGGAGGAGGUUCUCAGGGUGGUGACCAAGCUCCAGAGGCAGAAUAUGAGGAGGUGAAGAAGUGAGAAGUGAAGUAUUAACUUUUAGAUAACCAGUUAAUGAUGAGGAAUCAUCUUUUUUUUUUUCAUUUAGUAGAGAAUAUAAGGCAACUUAUUUUGGUAGUUAAUGUUGAAGGUCAUUUUUUGCUGAAGGUUUUUCAAUUUGCAGUACUUUGAAAUUACCGAACUAUGAUGCUGUUUGAAUAACGAUACUGAAUUUUUUGCCUAAA